AAAAAUUAAGCAAAUGCCAAAGUCUAACCCAAUCAUUAGGCCCCGAACCCAACAAUGACUCACACAUCCAUCUAAAAAAACGGUCCUCUAUCUCUCUCCCUAUCGCCAUGGCAGUUUCUUUCUUCUCUUCAAUCCCUCCCAAGCCUCCCUUCUCUCUCUAAACCCCUAAAUUACUACUCCUUUUUAUGUUAUAAGGAUAUAUUACAAUUCGUUUUACAGUUUAGAAAGAUCUGUUUCGCUUUGUAAUGGCGAUUUUUGUGACGGGAGAUCGGUAUCUGGAGAAGCUGGUUAAGUUCGUCGAAGGCCACGCCGGUCCUUUACUUGAUGGAACCCUAGUUCUUAAGCUUAAUCCUGCUGGACUCCACUAUGUUCAAUCUAGGCUUGAGGCGUUGCAUGAACUCGAGAAUCUUCUAUCUGGUGCGCCAAUUGACUAUCUUCGCGCUUACGUCUCUGACCUUGGAGACCACCGCGCACUUGAGCAGCUCCAUCGUAUUCUUAGGUUGCUUACGUCGCUUAAGGUGGUUUCUGUUUUGCCUCCGCCUGCUCGUGAUCCUACGCCUCUUUCUUUGUUGCCUUUUGGGAGAUUGAGGGUUUUGGAGCUUAGAGGUUGUGAUUUGUCUACUUCGGCUGCUAGAGGUUUGCUUGAAUUGAGACAUACCUUGGAGAAGAUCAUUUGCCACAAUUCUACUGAUGCUUUACGCCAUGUAUUUGCAAGUCGGAUUGCAGAGAUAAAGGAAUCUCCACAAUGGAACCAUUUGUCAUUUGUAUCAUGCGCGUUUAAUCACUUGGUUUUGAUGGAUGAAUCUUUGCAACUUCUUCCUGCUGUUGAAACACUUGAUUUGAGCAGAAAUAAGUUUGCUAAGGUGGAUAAUUUACAGAAAUGUACGAAACUGAAGCACCUGGAUCUUGGGUUCAAUCAUUUGAGAUCAAUUGCACCCUUUAGUGAGGUCUCCAGUCAUAUUGUUAAACUUGUUUUGAGGAACAAUGCUCUAGCUACAUUACAUGGGCUUGAGAAUUUGAAGUCACUUGAGGGGCUUGAUGUUUCCUACAAUAUUAUUUCCAAUAUUUCAGAGCUGGAGUUCCUUGGAAGCCUACCAUUUCUUCAGAACUUAUGGUUGGAAGGAAAUCCAUUGUGUUGUGCCAGAUGGUAUCGAGCACAAGUAUUCAGCUAUUUUACACAUCCACAUACUUUGAAGUUGGAUGACAAAGAAAUCAGCACAAGAGAGCUUUGGAAGAUGCAAAUUAUAAUUGCCAGCAGGCAAAAGCGACCUGCCAGCUUUGGAUUUUAUUCUCCUGCAAAAGAUGAUGCUGGCGGAGAGGGGAGUAUCAUCGGGAAAAGGAGAAAAAUGUCUCGUCUUGCUGCAAUCGAAAUUGAAGAAGAGAGCACAUAUUUUUCUUCUGACCAGGAGUCACCAUCAUGUGAUAAUGAUAUUCAAAGCAAAGAUGAGAAUAUCAUAUCUGAUGAUGAAGCUGAAAUAGUUGAUUUGAUCAACAGAGUUGAGCUCAUGAAGAGAGAAGAUUCUAUUCUUUGGUUGCGGGAAUUUAAACAGUGGAUGGAUCUUGAAUCUGAGAAUUGUUUGGAUGGGGGUACAUAUAGCAGGGUUACAUUCCAUCAUACAAAGGAAAAUCAUCUGCAAAGCAAGACAAGCCAUAAACAUCAUGGUGAAAGUUCAAGAUAUGUCUCGAAUUCUCAUCAUGCUUCGGGAGAUGAAACUAGUGAAAAUGUCUUUGAAUCUAAUGCUUCUUUUGUGGGAAUGUCUGCAUCGGGAAUAGGAGGGCCAAGACACAAUUAUGAUAAAUUCUAUUUGCAUGAAGGGUUAAUCGUUCAAAAAGACAACAAGAUUGUUGAAAAUGGGAACUUAUCACCGUUGACUACCAUAGAUGAUACAACAGAGUCUCAUUUUUCCUCUGCUUACCCAGGGUCUCCUCCCCAUUACCGUGUGGACAUUUUGCGUCGUCGCCAUAAUUUUGUGGAAGAAAUUUUACAGCUGUCUGCAGAGACCUAUUCGGUAGCUUCAUCUGACAGUAAUACCAGCUGUAGUGAUGAUGAUUUAUAUGAAUAUGGGCAUUUAGCAAAUGAAUAUCAAUCACAGAGUGAAGAAUACUCAAGUUUCAAAGGUGGAGCGCAUUCAUCUUCUGAUCUUUUUAUUGAAAAGAAUUAUGAUCAGGAAUACGGAAUUCUUCAUGUGGUUGAAAAUGAAAGGUUUUUGUUUGAUUCACAUGAUGGACAACCCAUUGUUAAAGUAAAAAAUGAAGGAUUUUGUCCACUGCAAGAAAAAGAAGGAAACAAAGAGGCAGAUGGGCUAGAGAAGACAAAAAGCAAAAGAAAACCAAAGAGAAGAGUUAUUUCACUAGCAGGAAAUGGGGUGAACAAGAAAGGGACAUCAGAAAGACCAACUGUUGAUAUGGAUACUUGUGAAGCUGGUGAAGAAGAUAAGCAAGGGAAACGAAUUGUUGACAAGAAACAGUUGCAGAAAAGUGCAAAUAGAACUCCUGCAAUUGCAAAUGUUGGUAGGUUCUCUGAUGAUUUUAUUGAGAAGUACUUUAAUGCGAAUGUUGCAGAUUCCAGAAUUAAUGAGACCUGUAUACACUAUCUGCAUUGUGAUUGUGUACUUGAGCCAGAUUCCUUGUACAGAGAAAGAGAAGUUGCUUUAUUGUUGAGCAGUGCAAACAAGUUGUAUGUAUUACUCAUUGGUGUAGCAUUUGAUGGCUCAGGGAAUAUUUUGAGUCUGCUUGGUUGGCACAGGGUUGAAGAUGUUAAAGAGGUUUUGGUUGGUUUAGGACUUCAGGUUGUGAGGGUGUACAUUGAGAAAGGGGCAACUUAUUUGUUUCUAACAAGGAGCAUUGAGAAAUCAAGGCAAUUACUUUACGCACUACAAGUUUUUGGUCCAUAUGCAAUCAAUGACAGAUAUGCAUUAAGAAGUUUGGAGCAGGUUCAGGUUGAGUUAUUUGAGAAACAAAUAUGUGGAGGUUCAAACAUGAGCAUAUUCCAAUAUGCUAUGGUGCUCUUUUGGUACAAAAAUAAAGAGGAAUCAUGGGUUCCAAGGUCGCUGUUUGUAAGUGGAGCACAUGUGUUUCUGUGUAUUGAAGAACUUAAGCAGUUCAGCUCAACUUCAUUGGAAGCAUCUUCCUCCUCGUAUUUCUCCCUAGAUUCAUGUUGUUCCAUCAGUGACAUAAAUGAGAUGGUGAUUGAGAGCCACUUGGUAACCUUAGUCCUUGAGCGUGCCUCGACUAAGUUAUCCCUCUCUUCCAAGGCUUACGAGGAAGUAACAAAAAGUAGCAAGGAUGAUGCCGCCUCAGGCUCUUUGACAUGGAAACUCAAGUGGUUCUCUGAAGAGAGUUUAUUAAAUUUUGUGGCAUUGUUGAAGGCAAUUCAUUCAGGGCUCGUGAUGACUCCAUUGGUCGUAACACACGUGUCUUAAGUGUUCUCAUUUGUAUAUUAGUUGUUUCAAUAUCGAUAUUCACUUCAUUCUUUUGGGGUAGGCUUUCCAUUAUUUGUUCUUAUUUAUUUUUUAUUUUUGGUUUAAAUUUGUUAUUGUUUUUAUGUAUCUUUAGUGUGGCAAUUCAAUAGCUCUUUCUUGUGAUUCUUUAUGUAAUUGAGUUUUUUUUCUCUUGUAUAAAUUGUACAUUAUAUAAUAUGAAAAGAAAAUUAAGAUUGGUUUGUGUUGU